AAAAUAGCUGUUACGUUGCAGGGCCUCAAAACGAGCGUUGUAGAGUAGCAACGCCUGAGCAACAAAGCUUUGCCAACAAUGGCGGCAAAGCUCUCUUCUCAGGCCCUCCUUCUAUCCACAACAACAACAACAACAACAACAACUAUUCCCCAAUGUUACAAAACUGAACCCAGAGCUACUAGCUUCUUGCCCUUUACGUUACUGCCACUCUAUCCUUCAAAGACUCCUCAUUUCUCCAAAUUCCACCAUUCUUCUUCUCAAAGCUUCAAGCUUGGACCCAAGUCCUCCGUUUUUUGCCGGGCAGCUGGAACCCAGUCCCCUGCUGAAGUCUCCGACAUCGAAUUCGCUACGAAAAUCGGCCAGGACCGUCUGUUAAAGGUUCCGAUUUCCAAUAUCAGGAAUUUCUGUAUUAUUGCACAUAUUGAUCAUGGCAAGUCUACUUUAGCAGAUAAGUUGCUUCAAAUGACUGGUACUGUACAGAAGCGUGAGAUGAAGGAGCAGUUUCUUGAUAACAUGGAUUUGGAGAGAGAGAGGGGAAUCACAAUUAAGCUUCAAGCAGCUCGUAUGCGCUACAUGUUCAAGAAUGAGCCCUGUUGUCUGAAUUUAAUUGAUACGCCAGGGCAUGUAGACUUCUCGUAUGAGGUUUCUCGAUCUCUUGCUGCAUGUGAGGGUGCUCUCCUUGUUGUAGAUGCUUCCCAGGGAGUGGAAGCACAGACGCUGGCCAAUGUUUAUUUGGCCUUGGAAAACAACCUAGAAAUUAUCCCCGUUUUAAACAAAAUAGAUCUUCCAGGUGCUGAUCCAGAUUGUGUCAUCCAGGAAAUUGAAGAGGUUGUCGGAUUGGAUUGCAGCAAUGCAAUACUCUGCUCAGCGAAGGAGGGAAUAGGUAUAACUGAGAUUCUGAAUGCAAUUGUUGAAAGGAUUCCCCCACCCCAGGCUACCGCUGAAAAGCCGUUGAGGGCUUUAAUAUUUGAUAGUUACUAUGAUCCAUAUAGGGGUGUGAUUGUGUAUUUUCGAGUAAUUGAUGGGAGGAUAAAGAAAGGCGACCGAAUUUACUUUAUGGCUAGUGAGAAGGACUAUUUUGCUGAUGAGAUUGGAGUUUUAUCUCCCAAUCAGUUGCAAGUUGAUGAGUUGUAUGCUGGUGAGGUGGGCUAUCUGUCAGCUUCUAUAAGAUCAGUAGCUGAUGCAAGGGUUGGGGACACCAUUACUCAUUAUUUUAAAAGAGCAGAAGACUCAUUACCAGGAUAUGAAGAAGCCACUCCUAUGGUGUUCUGCGGCUUGUUUCCUGUUGAUGCAGACCAAUUCCCUGAGUUACGUGAUGCACUUGAGAAACUGCAACUUAAUGACGCUGCUUUGAAGUUUGAGCCUGAAACUUCCAGUGCCAUGGGUUUUGGAUUUCGAUGUGGGUUCUUAGGCCUUCUUCACAUGGAAAUUGUUCAGGAAAGGCUUGAGAGAGAAUACAAUUUGAGCCUUAUAACUACUGCUCCAAGUGUUGUGUAUAGAGUGAACUGUGUAAAUGGUGAUACUGUUGAGUGCUCAAAUCCAUCUUUACUUCCUGAACCUGGAAGAAGGAAGUCAAUUGAAGAGCCUUUUGUUAAAAUUGAGAUGCUCACCCCGAAAGACUAUAUUGGUUCACUCAUGGAGUUGGCUCAAGAAAGAAGAGGAGAGUUUAAGGAAAUGAAAUAUAUUACCGAGAAUAGAGCAUCAAUCAUCUAUGAAUUACCCUUAGCGGAGAUGGUAGGUGACUUCUUUGACCAGCUGAAGUCGAGAAGUAAAGGUUAUGCUAGCAUGGAGUAUAACUUUUUCGGGUACAAGGAAAGUGAAUUAAUAAAACUUGACAUUCAAAUUAAUGGUGAUCAAGUGGAACCAUUGUCAACUAUUGUACACAAGGAUAAGGCAUAUGCUGUUGGUCGGGCUUUGACGCAAAAGUUGAAGGAGCUCAUUCCACGACAAAUGUUUAAAGUGCCCAUUCAGGCAUGCAUAGGUUCGAAAGUGAUUGCCAGUGAAGCUUUAUCUGCAAUAAGGAAGGAUGUUUUAUCGAAAUGUUAUGGUGGUGACAUUUCAAGGAAGAAGAAGCUGCUUAAAAAACAGGCUGAAGGAAAGAAAAGAAUGAAAUCUAUUGGUAAAGUUGAUGUUCCUCAAGAAGCUUUCAUGGCCGUGUUGAAGCUUGAAAAGGAGGUAUUAUGAUAACACAACUUUGUAGCUUGUAGAUUUGUUACAAAAAUCUUGUAUUUUGAAAGUAACAUUAUAAUGGGAAAAAAUUGAGAAGCUCAAGCAGUUUCAAUCUAUGUUUUGGAGGGGUUCGGUUCUUCACACAUGUAUGAAUUAUAGCUCACCACAUGAAAAUGUGCAAUUGUUAUAUAUCAAUUUUUAUUUUCUCA